CUCCUCGGGGGUUUAGUCUGUGAAAACUUAUUGUCAAUAAAUCUGUGGUUGUCAGCUAUGAAGCCUUCGACGCCGAAUCUUGAUAGAUGGCGAUACAUCAUUGUUUUAGCAAAGUUUAUGGUCCAUUUCUUGCAUCCUGGACUGGUCAAAUCACUGUCUGUCCUUGUUCCAAGUCUGGUCAUCCAACUGGACAUGGAAUAUUCAACCGCCUUCAUCUUCGUCACUUUGGAAACGGUCAUAUAUCAUCUUGCAUGUCCAAUCAGCCAUCUUCUGGGCAAAAGGUUUGGUUGUCGCCUUGUCUCGAUAAUCGGUGGCUUCCUUGCUACAAUUUCGCUUUUGGCCGGUACAUUCAGCCGAGGAGCCUCUUUUCUUGGUUGUUCAUUCUUCUUCACAGGGCUUUUCGCUUCUCCACUGAGGCAAACAUCAUGUGAAACACUCCAUCAACACUUCAGAGAACAUUACGGAAUGGCUACGACAAUAACUCAGUUGGGAAGUCAGCUUGGGAGUUUCUUGUUGCCAUACCUAACUGUUUUAUGCCUGGAUGCCUAUGGACCGAGAGGCAGUCUUUUAUUUCUGAGUGCUAUGAUUUUUCAUUGCGUUCCAAUUGGAGCGACAAUGCGUCCACCCCGAUGUCAGAAAGAUCGAAUUGAAAUUAACGAUUCUAAACAAACAGAUCAUGUAGAGCGUGAACUUGAACCACUUCGAACAGGUGAUGCUGUGAAGUGCUGCAAAUUUUCGGGUAAAGAGGAAUCCGCCUCAGGACUCAUGGACUCAAAGUCAGAUCUUCACACGGAAAACGAGGAGAAAAGAAAUGUUCAACAUUCAAAUGUCAAUGUGGUCCGUAAAACUCUUCAUGAUACUGUCGAUUUCGUUAAAGCUGAACGUGUUUUUACUUUUAUAUUGCUUCCAUGUCAGGCCUUGUUCGAUAUUUCCUACUGCGGUUGGGUAGUAUUUCUAUUCUCUUAUGGAAUAUCCGAAGACUUAUCGAACGAUGAAGCCGUUUUCUUGGUGAUGAUGGGUUCUAUCGGCGGCAUAACUGGGCGUUGUUUUGUCAUAGCAAUCUUGUACAGGUUUCCUCUCGCGUCACCUCAACUUUUGGCAUUAAACUAUUUGGUAGCAUCCACGUCAAUACUGGCCUACCCUAUCAAUUCCUCUCCGACAUAUUUGUCAAUUUGUUCACUUUUUGCCGGAUUCGGUUUUUACAGCGCGUCCUCGACGUUAUACGGAGCUAUCUCUGUGAAUGUGGACAAAGAAAACUUUCCAAAGGCUAUUGCUUCCUCUCUCCUCGUGAGUGGAAUAUCUUAUCUUAUUUCAGGACUAAUUACAGGUUUUCUUUACGAUGUGUUCGGUUCAUACCGGGUUACUUUCCGCAUCUUAGGGAUUCUUCUGGCUGCCAUCAGUUUGCCAAUCCUGAUUUAUAUCUGCAAAUCUUCAGAGCGCAAAAAGACUACGAAAGACGGAUGAACAGUAAUAGGAUAUCCGAAAGAUAAUUGACGGAAUUAAUGCCACCAGUCAAUAUGGAAAUGAGAGGAGACGUGUCGAAGAAUAAUAUUGGAGGUCAUUAAGUCCAAAAUACUGUAGAACCUCCUUUUUGUAAUUUUUUUAUGAUCUUUUAGAUCACCGACCUUUAAUUCAUUUAUUCAGUAUACAGGGUGUUUCUAAAAAGGUAAUCGAAAUUCAACGGCCUUUUUAAGAUUGCACCGGGGAUAUUCUUGUGAUUUAUAUAAUUUCAAAAUGUUACACGUAACUCAUCAAGGAAAGGGGGGAGGAAAUAGGAAGAGAAGGAAUCAG